AAAAAAGUGCCCGUCGCCAGAACGCUGAAAAAACAGCCAAACAAAUUGAGAGGGAUAAAUAAAUAAGAAUUCAAAAUAAAAUUACUAACUGAGUGACAAGACAGCAGCCGAGAAGCGAGCGCUGCCGCAAAAUCCAAUUUUUGUGUGGCAAAGAAAGGAAACCGCCGAGAGGAUAACGAAGGCGCAGCGCAAGGAGCAAACGUGCGACCCCCUCCAUCAGUCCAUCAAUCCAUCGGUCUAUCCAGCCAGCUAUCCAACUAUCCAACUACCCAUCCAAAGCAUCCAGGAAACAUCCCGAGAAUCCGCGAGAGAAAGGUGACGAAAGAGAGCGGAAAUAGGAGCAGGAAAAGGAGCAGGGAAAGGAGCAGGAGCAGGAGCAGGAUCCACGCAAACCGAAAACACAACAAACUCAAAACACACACUCCACAAAGAUGUCAUGGAGAUAUGCGCUUCUCACGGACAGAUACACCAGCAGCAUCGGCGAUAGAUAUAGUCCCCACUAUUAUCAGUCGCCCAGCCGCUUGGAGACCUCCGAACAGACCACAGGCCGUCAGCUGCAGCGAGUCCUUCACUACUCGAUGGCUCCCAGCCGGGCACUCCCAGGACUCAGACUUAGACCAAUCCACGACGUUGACUGCGAUGAAGUCUAUCCAGGCAUCUACAUUGGUGAUGCUGCGGCGGCCAAAAACAAAGUUUAUCUGCGGAUGAUGGGCAUUACUCAUGUUCUGAAUGCCGCCGAAGGAUGUCGCUAUGGUCAGGUGGACACCGGACACAGUUACUACCGGGAUAUGCCCAGCAUCAGACGCAACCAUAAGGACUGUGUUUUUAGGUACAUGGGCUUCCCCAUGGUCGAUGCCCCAACGACGGACAUCUCGCGCUACUUCUACGUGGCCUCCAAGUUCAUCGACAGCGCCAUCAGCAGCGGCGGCAAGAUCCUGGUGCACUGCCUGGUGGGCAUGUCGCGAUCGGCCACCUGUGUCCUCGCCUACUUGAUGAUCUGCCGGAAGAUGUCGGCGGUGGAUGCGAUACGCACGGUGCGAAUGCGACGUGAUAUUCGGCCAAACGAUGGAUUCCUGCAGCAACUGGCCGAUCUGGAUAUGGAACUCAAGCGCAAGAACCUAUAUCCGUAUUAGUGCAAAUAUCGGGGAAGUGGGCGGAGCCUAAGAUACAACCAAAGAUCGGGAAUGGAAAUCGGGGGGAAAAUGUGACGUGGUUCUUGAAAGGAUCCCGAAACUAACCAAAAAAAAAAAAAAAAAAAGAAUAUUAUAUUUGAAUGAAAAUGAAAAUCGUUGUUCUAAACAAAAUUGAAGCCUACAAAGCUAACGACUUAUAAUGGUAACUUGGUCUUCUGAUAUAUAAACUGUUCAUCCCCAAAACUGUAUAAUCGCGGCAUACCCAUUAUUGUAGGACUAAUAUACACACAGACACAUAUAUAUAUAUGUAUAUAUAUAUAUAUAUACAAACAGCCAGAAGGGAAUCAAGUUAUCUCCACUCCCUCACACACACACACUUAUAUACACACACACACUCACCAGAACACACACUUAGAGACCUAGAUUGGUAGAGCCACGAGGAUCGAAGCAAUACGAGGCGAUCAACCUAUAUACCUUGCCUACUAUAUACCUAGACAUACAGAUUUAUAUACAUGUAUUCCGGACCCACAUCUAUCUACGUAUUUUUUGUAAGGCUCAUCUGUGUUAACGUUCUGUUCCAUCUCCAUUUCCAUAUUCUUGUCCUUAUCCCCAAUCUUCCACCCCCAAAAACAUAGAUAUAUAUAUGUCUACAUAUAUAAGAAGAGCUGAAACUAGAUCAUGAACAAUGUUCGAGGAUACAAACGUAACCAGAUGCAUAUAUACUGAUAUAUAACUGUGUAACGGAUAUACAAGCAUGCGUUAUAUACACCUAUACCAUAUAUAUAUAUAUAUACUAUAUACACCAAGUGUGGACAAUGUAAUAAAACCAAAUUCAUAUUUUCUAGAACAUGUACGAUGUUUAAGAGCAGACGAAACAAAUAACUAAACCAAAUCAAAUGAGCAGAACAAGUAACUAAAAACUAAACUAUACUUAAGAAGUGAUUAAUAAUAAAAACAGACAAAACUUGAACAGAA